AUGGCCGACAAGUCCCAUGAACCCGUCCAGCCCAUCCACCCCUCGAUGGAGGGCAAGCUGGACCCCGUCUUCGUCCAGCUUUACAACGAAAACGUCGCCUAUAAACCCAACGGACCCAUUGACCUGGCCGUCCUGCGCAAGCACUACUCCCAGCUUUACAGCUACGGCACAGGCCCGGCCCCCGAGGCCGCGCGCACCUACGAUACCACCUUUCCUCUCGACGACGGCGCUGGCACCGAGAUUGGCCUGCGCGUCUACGAGCCCGCCUCGCCGGGGCCGUGGCCCGUCCACAUCGACUUCCACGGCGGCGGCUGGGGCCUCGGCGACCUCGACACCGAGGCGCACAUUUGCAAGCACAUCAGCCACCAGGCCAACGUGGUCGUCGUUGACGUCGACUACCGCCUAGUCCCGGAGCACCCGUACCCGACGCAAAUCACCGACUGCUGGGCGGCGCUGCAGUACGUCCACGCGCACGGCGCCGAAAAGUUCCGCAUCAAGCCCGACAGCAUCUCGAUUGGCGGCGUGUCGGCGGGCGGCUGCAUCGCCCUCGCCCUCGCGCACCUGGCGCGCGACGCCGGGCUCCCGCUGCGUCUCGUGGCGGCCGGCACGCCCGUCAUUGACGACCUGCCCGCCGCGGCCGCUGAUUCGCCGCACGCGUCGAUGCGCGAAAACGAGUUUGCGCCGACGCUCAACUGGGCGCGCCUCGCCUUCUUCAACCGCUUCAAGUUUUCCGAGGACCCUGUCGCGGCAAAGGCGGCCAAGGACGAGAUGGGCUGGUUCGCCAACCUGCUCGACGCGGACAACAUGAGCAACCUGCCGAGGACGGUGAUUUACACGGCCGGCGCGGACCCGCUGCGCGACGAGGGCGAGGCGUACGCGCGCAAGCUGCUGGAGCACGGCAACGAGGUGAUUGCGAGGCGGUUCGUCGGCGUGCCGCAUCCGUUUAUGCACAUGGACGGCCGCUUGAAGCAGGGACGCGAGUUUAUAGACGAGACGGCACGUUACGUGCGUCUGGCCCAUUGGGACUGA